AAGUGGAAAGGCACGGAAGCGUUGCUUUACGACGAUUCGGGCGGAAGCGCCAGGCCGGCGUUUGCUGCUUGCGGCUUUCGGGCUCACACGUGGGUGGUUUUCGGUGUUCCGGCUCUCAAUUCAUUCCUUUUGGCGUGGACAAGCCUCAUUGAAGGACAGAGUGGCCGCAAAGGCCAAGGGUCGUGAGCUGAUGAAUAUUGCUGUUGAAAAUGAAGAGACGUUGGGAGGAGGUCUGCAGAGUGGAGCGGAGGGGUCGCGGCUACGGCUCAAGUCCGGUAGGGAGAGAGUCGGGGGCACAGCCGAGACGGAGGCCGGCUGUGUAGAGGCGGGGAACGGAUUGACAGGAAUGGGGAAGACAGAGGAUAGAGAAGGAACUGGGCAAAGGGUAGAGGAAAUGCGAGUGGACCUAACGGUUGUGAAGCAAGAAGUUACGGACUGGUCAGAAAUGGAAGAAGGGAUGCUGGAUGGCCGAUGGGUAAAGCAGGAGGUAGAGGAUGGACCUAAGGUGAAAGAGGAGAAACCAGGCACUUUGGAAGUGAAGCAAGAGAUGGAUAGUAGUUUUGUGGUAAAAGAAGAGAAGGUGAACGAAACAGAUGUAAAGGAAGAGAAAGUGAAGGUGAAGGAAGAGGUAAUGGACUGGCUAGAUGUGAAGGAAGAGAAGAAAGCUACCAUGGAGAUAAAAGAGGAGGUGUUUGUUGGUCAGAACAUAAAAAAGGAGGAAAUGGUGGAUGAAAUGUGUGUAAAAGAAGAGAAGUAUUUUCCAAAAGAAGAAGUGAUGGAUGAUACAAAGAUGAAAGAAGAACCUCACAUAAAUCCCCCAGUGGGCUUCAAGCGGAAACUGGCCAUGUCCAGGUGUGAGACUUGUGGUACAGAAGAAGCAAAGUACAAAUGUCCACGUUGUAUGCGAUAUUCCUGCAGUUUGCCCUGUGUAAAGAAACACAAAGCAGAACUGACAUGUAAUGGAGUUCGAGAUAAAACUGCAUAUGUUUCCAUACAACAGUUUACUGAAAUGAAUCUGCUUAGUGAUUAUCGAUUUUUGGAAGAUGUGGCAAGAACAGCAGACCACAUUUCUAGAGAUGCUUUCUUAAAAAGACCAAUAAGCAAUAAACAUAUGUAUUUUAUGAAAAAUCGUGCUAGAAAACAAGGUAUUAAUUUAAAGCUUCUACCCAACGGAUUCACAAAGAGGAAAGAAAAUUCAACAUUUUUUGAUAAGAAAAAACAGCAGUUUUGUUGGCAUGUGAAGCUCCAAUUUCCUCAGAGUCAAGCUGUGUACAUAGAAAAAAGAGUACCGGAUGAUAAAACUAUUAAUGAAAUCCUAAAACCUUACAUUGAUCCUGAAAAGGCUGAUCCUGUAAUUCGUCAAAGGUUGAAAGCCUACAUUCGCUCUCAGACUGGGGUCCAAAUUUUAAUGAAGGUUGAAUAUAUGCAGCAAAAUUUAGUAAGAUAUUACGAACUGGAUCCUUAUAAAAGUCUCCGUGACAAUUUGAGGAACAAAGUGAUCAUUGAGUAUCCAACAUUACAUGUGGUAUUAAAAGAAUCCAGUAAUGACAUGGAAGUUCUUCACCAAGUGAAAAGUGAAUCUACCAAGAACAUUGGCAAUGAAAAUUGAGCACUUCUUCUGGAGGAAGAAGGCGAAAAUUCCCAGACAAUUGCAGAGGACUGUGCAUUGACUAGCUGUUGGAUGACUGGGAUAUUAUCAGCGGGUGGUUGAAAUUUUUUGUUUCUCUGAAAGUAAUUAAACAAUCCAAACUAAACUAAAAAUCUAAACAUUUUUUUUUUGAGAAAGAUGUAGCCUCUUAGAUUGACUUGUAAGGCCCUUAUUCCUAAGAACUCUUUUCUGCACCUGAUCAGCAUAGUGCUUAUUUUAGUUAGGCCCAGGGUUUUAAUAUGCUUAAUUCUGUAGGCUGAAAACUUUUUUGUUUGUUAAUUUGAUGCAAGACCGUACCCAAGGAUCACCUGUGUCUGCCGCAAAAUUGGCAUCCUUGUUAACGGAACCUCACUAAACAUAAAGACCGUGUGACACACCCUGUAUCCACAGGAGAACUGAUCCGUCAGUUGCCCAUUUUUGUCUUUGGGAUUCUUUGUAACUUAGUCUCUUGACAUGACUGAGUGGAUCUUUUACUUGGUUAGCAUCCAGUGGAGUGUCACAUGUACAGGAUGAAAAAAUACGUUAACUACUAUUUCUUCUAUUCAGUUCAGAAAAUCAGUGGCUCCUCAUCGUUUGAACCAUCGGUGCUUACGAAUUUGGGUGUCCUUGUUUGUACAGUGAGCUGUGUCUUAUUAUGAAUUCUGUGCCUUUCAUCCUGUUCCCAUUUCACUCUCAUUACCACACAGGGGUGUUAUGAUGAGCAGUUUUAUGCUGUUUUGAAACAUCUAGCAAUAACUAAAGAAAAAAAAAAAAAAACACUUGGAACUCUUCAAAGUGUUCUUGGAAUGUAUAUGUGCAUUUAUGUAUAUAUAUGGCUUAAUUUAUACCUUAUGGCAGCUCUGUAUACAUUAUGAUCUCACAUAUUGAAAUUAAAGUUUCCUAGUUUUAUUGGAAUUUAUACAGUUAUGAAAUUGCAAUAUGGCUAUAAAAGAGUAAAAGAUGAUUACAUCUGUGUUGCAUCUGUGUAUUUAAUGGUUAAGAAAACAAUGAUAAAAUUGGACAUUGGUGAAUUCAUUUGUAGUUUAUAAUUGGAAAAAGUUUUAGACCAAAAGGAAGCCAGAGACAUUAAUUAAAGAAGCUUGUGGAAAAAAUAGAAUAAUGAGAGGAUGAGCAUAGGAGAACACAAAUACGUGUAACUUGAGAUCAAAACUGGAGAAGAGAAUCCAAAUACAGUGAUGCCACAAGACCUUUAGCCAUAAAAGUAAUAGUGGAAAUAUGAUUAUUCCUAGAAAAUAAGGCCUUGAAAUUUGAGAAAUAGGUAUACUUCCUCAAUCAACUUCAGGAAUCUUCCUGUGCAGUGAAAGGUUUGUGUAGAAUUAUGUUUUUCACAGUAUUUCUGGGGAGACAACUAAAUGGGAUUUCACAGGACUCCUAUUUAAUCUGUAAGUGAAAUUUGUUUUCUCAAAAGAGGCAAGAAAUAGGACGAACUGGGGGGCUCAGUCAGUUAAACAUCUGACUCUUGGUUUUGGCUCAGGUCAUGAUCUCACAGUUCGUGGGAUCGAGCCUCACGUGGGGCUCUGCGCUGAUAGCAUGGAGCCUGCUUGGGAUUCUCUUACUCCUCUCUCUCUGUCCCUUCUCUUACACACACACACACACACACACACACACACACACACACUCUCUCUCUCUCUCUCUCUCUCUCUCUGUCUCUCUCAAAAUAAAUAAACAUUUAAAAUACUAAAAAAGAAGAAGAAGAAGAAACAGGAUGAAUUCAAUCAAAUGCAUCACAGAAUUGUUCCUGGGAAAAGUAGGAUAAAGUACACAACAGGAAUGUGUGAUCUGAAUAUCAGGAUGGAGAGCAAUUUCCUGACAGUGAAAUCUGUGAUGACAUAGUCUCAUUUCCAAGAAAAGUAUUGAGUUCCAUCUCUUCUAGAAUUUAAAUUGAAAACUGGACAACCGAAGGAUUUAUCCCCUGUCCAGGGUACUUUUCCCCCCUGCCCAGGAAGAAAUUGAAAGGGGGGAAAAAAUCUACAUGAUGUAAGUCAUGCUUGCCAUUUCUAUAGUCUAGAAUUCUGUUAGAUUUUUCAAUUAUAGACUGUUCCUUAGGAAAGAAUUUAGUGUAGUUCCCGUAAAUAUAAAUAUCCAUUCAUUUGAUUAAUAUACAUAUUUAUUCCCACAGGAUUUACAACAAACAUGUGUUAGUGAAUAAUCACGGCAGCUGCUUAGAGGGGGUGAAGUUGGAAUAAUUCACUGAGAGCCCUAGAAGUUCAUAGUAUUAAGACUUAA